AUGGAAAACUUGCUGGCGGUAGGCAUUUACGUCUUGGUGGUUGGAGUAGUUUUCAAGAAUGCCAUCCGAUAUAUCACUGAUGAGAAAAAGAGGAAGGCCCUUGGUGCCGGCAAAAUACCUGCGUACCCUCAAUGGGAUCCCAUCUUUGGACUCGACAUGGCAUGGAGUCAGAUGAGAGCGCUUAAGGGCCAUUAUUACAUCCCUUGGUUACGCGACAUUCACGCAGGUCAACCCAAGACAUUCUCUAUCAAGUUUCUUAACACUCGUCAAAUUUACACCACGGAACCCGAAAACCUCAAGGCCAUGACUGCGGUCGUCUGGAAGGACUUUGGUAUUAGCCCUCUGCGCCGGUUCAAGAACAUCGGCCAUCCAUUUGGUGAUAAGGGAGUCAACACCACGGACGGUGACGAUUGGGUCUUUUCCCGCUUUCUUAUCAAGCCAUUCUUCAAUCGUGAAGUAUACACUAGCAGCGAAAGACUGCGAGGGUAUACUGAUCACUUCCUGCGCAUCUUGCCCCCAGAUGGUCAGACUCUGAAUGUUCAGCCAUACUUCCAGCGAUGGUUCCUUGACGUUACGACUGACUUCAUUUUCGGUGAGCCCAUGGACGCACUUACACACCCGGACAGAGCAAGAAUUACCUGGGCCAUGUUGGAUGUGCUUCGCGGUAUCCGUCUCAAGAUUCAACUCUGGAAAGCUCAUAAGCUCUUUGACUGGACCUGGUGGAACUCGGCUGUUCACAAGGUACACAAGUACACCGAUGCGCAUAUUGACCGUGCCUACAAGGAAAUCAAGGAACGCAAGAGAGCCAGUGAGGCAGGUGAAGAUGUUGGACCCGAACGUACUGAUUUACUAUGGUUCAUGGCCUCCAAUCUUGACGAUCGCGAGGAGCUUCGCUCUCAGCUCUGCCUGCUUCUCGUGCCCAACAAUGACACUACUUCCAUCUUCAUCAGCAACUGCAUCUGGCAUUUGGCUCGCAACCCUGAUGCAUGGGAAAAGUGUCGCCAAGAGGUACUGGCCCACGGUGAUGCGCCAUUGACCUUUGAAUCACUCCGUGGCAUGAAGUACGUACAGGGUAUCCUCAACGAGACCCAUCGCCUCAACCCCAACAAUGUCACUCAGGUACGCGCCUGUGUCAAGGACACGACACUUCCUCUUGGUGGUGGCAAAGAUGGCAAGUCGCCCAUCUUUGUCCGCAAGGGUGACAUGGUACAGGUGACCAAGACGGUGUUACAGCGUGAUCCCGACUAUUUUGAUAGUCACAACGUCGAUGAUUUUGUGCCUGAUCGCUGGUUGGAUUCCCGUCACUACUGGAACUUUGUUCCAUUUGGUGGAGGCCCAAGACGCUGUCCCGCUCAGAUGAUGGUCAUGACCGAGACGGCUUACAUGGUUGCUCGUCUUGCUCAGACUUACCGCAAAAUUGAGGCUAGAGAUGACAACGAGUACACAGCUGUUAUGCGAGUCGGCCCUUCCAACAAGACUGGUGUUCUAGUAGCUUUUACAAAAUAA